UGCUUAAUAGAACUUGUCGUCCACUUAGUUCAUGGUAAGUCAAAAGUAUUGCGUAAUAGAUUAAUGAAAUUUGUUUUCCACACACGUUGGGAGAGGAAGACGUGAGAAUCAUAACUAAGAGAUGCUAAGACAUGUCCCCCACAAUCUUUGGUUAAUCUAUGUUUAGCUUCUCCCUUAAAUACAUCAUUCCAUAAUUGAUGGCAACCAUCUCACUCUCACUUUCAACUGCAGACUUCAAAUAUGCCUUCAUUCAUGGAUCUUCAAGCAUCAAAUGAAUUUGACUUCCCAAUUUCCUUAAAGGAAUCAACAAAUACACAUCCCAAAUCUGACCUUUUAACAAUUCCUCUUCCUUUACCACCCUCAAAGAAGUUCUUGAGCAACAGCCUUCCAAAUUCAGCAACCUCAUCACCAAGAUUUGCAUCAAAUUCAUCUAAGAAAAAUUCCAAAAACCAAAACCACCAACCUUCUCCUCUCUCCAACAACCCUCUAGCUAGACAAAACUCCGUGGCAUUAGCAAACCUCGAACGGUUGAAAGAAAACCACUUACGCAGGAGCAAGUCGUGCGGUGAAGGAAGAUCAACCACGCCACCGGAAAAACACGUUCUUGGAUUCACAAAGGUCAAUAAUAGUAGUGUUAAACACGUCGAGGCAAGCAAAAUUAGCAAAGUACUUUAUAAGUCUAGCGAUGAAGAUAAAGUGGAGUCUAUUGAUAAAAAGUUCAAAUGUGGGGCUAUGUGUUUGUUUAUUCCUGGUUUAGGAAAAGCAAAACAAGUGAGAGCUAGGAGGGUAGAACCUGAAAUAGUACAUGAUAUUGGAGUUGGACACAAUGUUUCAAGGAAAGUGUCAUUGGAGAAAUUUGAAUGUGGAUCAUGGACAUCAUCAGCUAUAAUCAAUGAUGAAGAAAAUGAUGAGUCCAAUCUCUUCUUUGAUCUUCCAAUUGAGCUCAUUCAAUCCACUGAUGAUAAGGACACUCGUUCUCCUGUAACAACAGGAUUUGUUUUUGACAAGGAGCCGAAAGGGGUGUUGAAGAACAGUACCACAGCAAAAACAGAUGAUAGAAAAUCGAACGUGGCUACACGCCAAGUUCGGUUUUCUACAUCGUCCCCUGACUCGGACUCGCCCACAUCCUGCAUGACUCCUCGCAUGCGCAAGGCUAGGGAAGAUUUCAAUGCCUUACUAGAAGCCCAAUGUGUAUGACUGGAGGCGGAUCCAACCAAGGGUUUUGGGUUCACCGGUGUUUUAAGGUCGAACCCUAUUUAUUUGCGGGAAAUAAUUAUAGAUAGAGUUACAUAUAUAUUUCAGGACCUACUCUCUAACUCAGCCGUGGGUCUACCGGAAACAGCUUCCUUACCCCAUAAAGGUAGGGGUAAGGUCUGCGUAUAUCCAACCCUCUCCAGACCCCACUUAUGAGAAUACAUUAUGUUGUUGUACUCUCUCAACUCAGAGUGCACGAAGUUAAAAUCUGGGAUCUGCCAUUGUCAGCAUCAUGAUGACUUCAAAUACAAUAUAUAUAUAAUCUCUCAUAUUGUGUAUUUGUAUGCAUUUUCUCAUUUCUUGAAAAGAAUCACAAGCAGUAUUUUUCUGGAUAUUGUAGGAUGAUAGUGAAGGUUUAUCUGUCUAAAUAUAUGUUGGAAUUUUGAGAAGAUCCUUACUAUGUUUAGCUAGAGUGAGAAAGAGAAAAGGAGAGAUGAAUUUGUAACAUGAUAGGAGUAUUACGGAGUGUAAGCUAUCAAAUCUUGAAGGAAUUAAAGAAACUUGUCUUCAAGUCUUGAAAAUGUGAGACUCACAAUGAAAGAAAAAUAUUCAGCACUAUUAAUGAAAAAAGAACGUCUACAGCAACAAUUUGUAAGCAAAAUUCAUACCACAGGUCCAACUGUCCAAACCUCCGGGGAUUAAAAAAGGCUUAGUACAUUGAACAAGCUUAAUAAAUUGACUGCCCCUAAAAUUUGCAAGCAAAAUUUAUUUAGACAGUCGAACGACGACUUGUUCUAAUUGAGC